AUGUUCCAAUCUUGGGCUGAUGCAGAGGACGACAUUCCCACCCCAGAGGUGACCACAAACCCUGACGGAACCAAAACUGUCGUCAGCUACAGACUCAACGCCAAGGGCCAGAAGGUGAAGAUCACUCAGAAAAUCAAGGAAGUCAAGGUCAAGGAAAGAGUGCACCCCUCCAUCGCCAUCCGCAGAAGCUGGGCUAAGUACGGUAAGGAGAAGCACACGCCUCCAGGUCCAGACACCAGAACAACACAGUUGGGAGAAAAGGUGGACUUGAAGCUUGGAGCAUCGUGGAAGGAGAUCGAAAAGAAGGAGGAGGAAGAGAAGUUGGAGCAGAAGGCUAACUUAGUCAGCACACAGAGACUUAAAUGUAGAACCUGUGGUGGAGACCAUUUCACAUCCAAGUGUCCAUUCAAAGACACAUUGGGUGCAGAGACUGCUGGUGCUUCUGCUACUCCGGAACCUACCGAGUCUACCAAGUAUGUUCCAGUUCACUUGAGAAAGGAUGCACCAAGCUUGGAGUCCAGAGACGACUCAUGUACGUUGAGAGUGUCGCAGUUGAACAGUGUGGUCAACGAGGACAUGUUGAAGCAGGAGUUGUUUGCCAGAUAUGGCCCAUUGCAGAGAGCCACGCUUAUCCGCAACAGAGAGACCGGCGAGUCAAAGGGUUUUGCUUAUGUUACGUUUGCAACCGAGCAGUUGGCCCAGAAGGCUUUGGACGAUUUAAACGGAAAGGGUUACCACUCUUUGAUUUUGAGAUUGGAGUGGUCCAAGAAGAAGAGAACCUAG